AUGAAGGAGAAUAUACGUAAUCUUGAAGUAGUAUUGGCGGAUGGUUCCGUUUUGCAUACUCGAGGAAAAGGAACGAGAACAAGGAAGUCAGCAGCCGGCUACAAUCUCACAGAACUUUUCACUGGUUCUGAAGGCUACACUCCAAGACCGCAAGCACAAGCUGUAGCUCUCUGCCAUUUUCCAACAGUAGCAGACGCCGUGAAUUCAGUCGUGGAAAUUCUGCAAAUUGGAAUACCUAUUGCCAGAAUUGAGCGUCAAUGCAGAGGACGCAAUAGCUGUGAAUCUUUAGAAUUCAUGGAUGAUGUACAAGUGGCCGCAUGCAACGCCUACAGUAAACUGAAUCUAGCCGAGCAACCAACCCUUGCACUCGAAUUUCACGGAAUGGACGAACGCGAAGUGGCAGAAGCAAGCCAAGUUUGUUGGUGGGUGCUCAGUCUCAGACAAUUUCAAAGCGAUGGUGCUUUGACGUCAUAG